GGGGGUGGCAGGUUUUCCGGGCACCAAUACCAACAAGCGUGCGCUGAACAAGUCAAGGUCUGGAGGAAAAAUCAAUGAGAAACUCGAGAGAGAGAGCUUUCGGAAUUGUUGGUAGUCGUGAAGUCCGGUGUGGGUGGCAAAAGGAUACACUCUCCAGGUUGUCUGUGUGUGAGUGAGAGUGUGCGGGGGAGAGCUUUAGCGCUCGUGACACACGUGAACGGCACAGAUUCUGGAUAGACACGAGACCGCGACCGUCGUUGUCGUUCUGGGUGCAGCAGCUGCAGCGCGGUUCAAUGUAGAACACUGAAGAAGCAAUACGUCAAUACCAGGGGCAAUACGGCGCAGAACGUCGCGAGUGAGAUUCGUGUGAUUGUGCGUUAAGAAUCGGUACGAGAAUCUUCCUGGAUUUCGGCAAAUCCAACCAAUCAAUCGAAGACCUGCAGCGCAACCCGUUGUUCAAGUUUGUUCCAAAGAAGUUGCACAAGUGUUACACACAAAAGAAAAGCAAAGUUGUUAUACUACACAGUUACAAGAAAAAUUAAGCAAAGAAAAGAAAAUUUAGUCGCUAAGUGUUGAUUCUUGUUUACUACUCCUAAUUACCACGUCAAGUCGAGCUACCUGAACCUACUAGCAGCAGCAGCAUCAGCAGCAGCAGAGGAAGAACACAAAAGUCGUCACGAUUGCCAGCGCGGUGGACACCAGAGCCUUUCAGCGGCAGCGACGAAAGGCUAGAAGAAACAAGUGACAGCUCUCAGCCUGUGACAAGACAUCCCUGGGCGGCGGUAAAUCCACACACGCCCCAGUUAGUACAAAACCAGCGAGCAAACGCCGUAAACCAAGCAGUCCAGAAUCACACACCGCAAUCAUGAGCGACCGGGAUCGAGCCUCGCCAACCCUGAUCGAGUCCGGAUUAAAGACGCUGAUAGGAGGCCGCGAUAGCAACUAUCCGCUGAUAAGCGGGACGAAUGGUAACUAUACUUUUAUCUUAAACAUAAAUCUGGAGAUGGAACCAACGUUAAAGCAACUGAUUGUCAUGCAAGGGUUUGUUUAUAUUGUAUGGUUCAUUGGCUAAAUUAGAAAUUUGAGUACAUUUUCAGCAAGAAAUUUGCACUGAUUCAAAUUCCGGAAGACAAAAAGUAAUCUCAAAAAUUACACAACUUGACAAUUUCAAAAUUGAUGUCAGUAAACGCUUCAGUUUCGUCAAGGUAUGGUAGAUUUGGGCUCUCCAAAUACGUUUUAAUCGACAGAAUUGAAUUUUAGUGAAUUAC